AACUCAUGUUUUGUAGCAUAUGUCAGUGGUAAUGUGGUAACAUAUAUACAUAUAAAUGUAUUAUUUUCAGAAGUGUAAUAAUAACAUAUCUAAGUUUUUUAUUCAGUUAUAGUUGUAUUGUAAAUGUAGUGCUAUAAUUUUGUCCUAGGGAAAUUUGUUUUGUUUUCCUGUUAUCAAAAUCAUCAAGAUACUUAGAAAGCGAGCAUGCAGCUUUCCACAAACAACUAAAUUACACUGUUUUUUUUUUUUCUUUCUGAAAACACAUUAAUCAUGAGGUGGAUUUUGUCAGUGUUGCUCUGUGGUUAUGAGUAAGUGCUGAGAUGAUGGCUAAAAAGGAAGUGAACAACUGAGGGAUAAAAUCAGCUUCCUCUUGUUUUACUUUAAAAAGAUGAAUGCUGGACUGUCACAACACACUCGUGAGCUGACAAGACUGCUGACAAAUAAAAGGUUAGUGGUAUGAUGAUGAUUCAAGCUAAACUGCAUCAACUGGCAGGAGGACUACGACGGGUCUGGUCCAGAAUAUGUGGUCUCUACACGACCAACACCACAAAAAGCUGGAAGGAAAAACUUCUCCUCCUGUUGUCCUGCUUUACCACCAGCCUCAUUCUGAGCACCUUCCUCUUUCUCAUCCUCCACUUUUCCUUCAAAUGUGUUCAGGAGGUCUCGCUUCCCUUUACUUGUGUUUUUUGUAUAAGCUUAACACCAGCCAUGUAUUUCUCAGAAAGGAUUCGCUGUUUUGGAGCCUUGAUUUUGAUCUCAAUGGGUAUGAAACAAGUGAAGAACAUUCUUCUCUCUUUAGGAACCAGUUCAGUGAUUUUCUUCAACAUCCAGAACACGUUGCGGAACAUGAGACUCCUUGCAAAAGGCCUCCUCUGCAACUUGGAGGAAAAGUUAUUGGAUAUUAAUACAGAACCCCUCGGGAAUUAUAUUAAAAUGCUGAAAUGGGUGGGAAAGCAACUUAAAAAUUACUUUACAAACUUUCAGUUGGGGAGUUACCAUGCAGAUUUCAAACUAAAAGCAAAGGUGGACUCACAAGACUUCAAAAUUCACCUCACCGAGGCAGAACAGGCUUUAAACCAGACCGCGCAAAAUGUGUUAGCACUGACCAAAGCUUUGUCUUCAGUAGGAAAGAUACUGUCUCCAACAUUAGGUCUUUUAUGUCUUGUACUUCUCACUGCUCUUUACCUGAGAAGAUUUCAUGUAGACAAAAGGUACAACAACCAAUACAUCACGAAAACUUUCCGUUGUUUUGAUGAGCGGCAAAGGGAAAAGGGAAAACCGCAUGUCCUUCCGCUGACCAAAAGCGAAUCAGAACUUUACACAGUGACUCCGUCCAUUCGUCCUACGGGUCGGCGAUGGAAAGCCAUGAUCAAGUUCAGUCUUCCCAUAUUCACUCACUGUCUCACCUGGCUGGUGUUUAUCAGUCUAGAUGCCCUGAUUUACUGGCUUAUUGUAGUUCUGAGCAAGCGGCUCGGGGAACUGGAGCCACUUCGUGUUCCUGUGGGAAUAAAAGUUCAGGAGGCCACAUUAUUUCUAGGUUUACCUGUUGAAGAAAAUGCAAAAGGGGCAAACUUUUCCUACACGGUGUCUCUGUUUGAGAAGAAGUGUUUGCCUGAACCGGAACUGUGGCUCUAUCAGUCUCUGGUUCCUCUGUCUGUCGUCCUGGCCUUGCUGGUUGUUCUGAUUCUUCUUUCAUCACAGAUGGUCCAGCUCAGAGUUGUGCUAUCUGAGCAGUUUUUCUCAGAUGUCGCAGAGAAAAGAGCUGCCUAUCUACAUGCAAAGAUUUUAAGAAAGCGGUGCAAAACUAAAGCAGAAGAGCAUGAAGGAGCUCUGGAGACUUUAGCCAUGCAGCCCAGUUUUUGGUGCCCCUUACUUUUUCAUAAGCACAGGACAAACCCUGACGCUGUUUAAAUAGGCUUGAAGUUUGCAACACAUCUGUCUGUUGAUCAGCCAUAAUUGCAGGUUUGACAUGUUGACAACACAACAUUCACACUCCUUUUUAUCAAAAAGUGCACCCUUGCAUUGCACUGUAUACAGAAAGUAGGUGUUCUGUUUGUGAUGACAAUGGAUAAUGGCAAAUGGAUAAUAGGCCAUGGGGCCCUAGUGAUCAAUUUGUGCUGUAUGGAAAAAGGAGGCCUAGUGGUCAUAGUUUGUGACCAGGGCCAUGGUUUUCAUUUUACUCUUCAUACGUUUUAAACCUGUAUCUUACAGAAUACAAAGCAUGUAGACAUCCUUUCAAAAGUGUUGGGUUGGUAAGAUUUUUUAAUGAUUUUGAAAUACCUUCUUCUCACCAAGGCUCUAAACAAUAUAUUAUUACAAUUUAAAUAACUCUUUUCUAUUUUAAUAUUUCACGUAAUGUAUUCCUUUGAUAGUAAAGUUUAAUUUUCAAAAAACAUUUCUUAUGAGCAAUGGUGUAAACAGUUAAUAUUUACUUG